AUGAGAAGUAUCAAGUGUGUCGUUGUCGGUGAUGGUGCCGUCGGUAAAACCUGUCUUUUGAUCUCCUACACCACCAACACCUUCCCUCACGAUUAUAUCCCAACCGUCUUUGAUAACUACUCUGCCAAUGUCAUGGUCGACCAACAACCAAUCAAAUUGGGGCUUUGGGAUACCGCCGGUCAAGAAGAAUACGACAGAUUACGUCCAUUGUCUUAUCCACAAACCGAAGUGUUCCUCAUUUGCUUCUCGCUCGUCGAACCUUCGUCAUUCGCUAACGUUAGAGCCAAAUGGAUCCCAGAAAUCCGUCAGCAUUCCACCAGAGAUAUCGCCAUUUUGCUUGUCGGUACCAAGUUGGAUUUGAGAGACGAUCCUCACACUUUGGACAGAUUGAGAGAAUACGGUAAUGAACCAGUCACCACCGCCGAAGGGAAGAAAGCCGCUAGAGAAUUGGGAUGUGUCGAUUAUUUGGAAUGUUCGGCCUCUUCCCAACAAGGGGUCAAGGACGUGUUUGACGCUGCCAUUAAAGCAGUGAUCGAUCCACCAAAAUUCAAUGAACCACCAAUCAUGAAUGCCGUCACCGGUUCCAACAAUUUCAAUAAUAGUACUGCUACCACUGGUGGCAAGAAAAGUGUCAUUGGUGGAGGCAGAAGAAGUAGAAGUGGUAAAAAGAACAAGUGUGUGGUGUUAUAA